GCUCAGUCUGCGGUGGGGCCACACCUGAACACAGCGGGGACAUUACAGGGCCCUCUGGCUGCGAUGAGGCUGGGAAGGCUUCCUGGAGCAGGUGUCAGUGCUGUGUCCCAGAGAGGGGCCAGUUAGGGGUCCUGGACACCCCAGAGUUAGGACAGGCGGAGAGGGGCAGGUCUGAGUACCUCAUUCCACCCCAUAAGGACCCACCCAGGCUCAGCCCUGGGGAGCAGAGGGUCCUCAUGCUGAUGCCCUCCUUGUGACCCCUCCACUUUGGCGUGGAGACAGUAGCAGAACAAGCCGGCCACUCUCACCCUGUGGCCAGGCAGGGACCAAAAGCUGGGGACCAAGGAGUCCAGGCCUCGACCAGCUCUGUCAUCCUGGAAGGCUUCCUGGAGGCCGCCCCCAAGCUGGGGUGGGGGGAUGUUGUCAGGGCAGGGCCUCUGGGCAGGGGCAGUAGGUGGAGUGGAGUGUCAUGGGGCUCCUGUAGCCUGUGGGUCCAGCUGGGAGGCAGCUUGGGGUUAAUCAUUGCCGGUUGGCCUUGACCUCCAGCUGCCCUGCUCACUCUGUGCUGCUGCUGCCCUUCAGCCAGCUCAGGAAGAGCCAUGGGGCGCUGGGCCUGGGUCCCCAGCCACGGCCCCCUGCCUGGGCCAUACCUUCUCCUGCCGCUGUUGCUGCUGCUGGUGCCUGGCGGGGCCAAGCCACAGGCUGGUGGGAACCGUACGGAGCCCCCAGAACUUAACACCAUGGCAACCCCUGGGACCCCCAUGACCCCGAUCCCCUCUGUGACUCCUGCGACCCCAGCAACAAACAUGUCUGAGGCUGUGGUAGAAAGAUCCCGUGACUGGGGGCUCAGCCCCACUCCCAGAGUGGCCUCCUCAAGCAACACUGAGGGCCAAGUGCUCACAGAGGACGGGAGGCCGUGCAGGUUCCCCUUCCGCUAUGGCGGCCGCAUGCACCAGGCCUGCACCUCUGAGGGGAGCACCCGCAGAAAGUGGUGCGCCACGACUCACAACUAUGACCGGGACCGUGCCUGGGGUUACUGCGCCCCCGCAGCCACCACACCUCCAGGGAUCCCAGGCACCCUGGACCCCUGUGCCUCUGACCCCUGCCUCAAUGGGGGCUCCUGCUCCAGCUCGCAGGACCCCAGGUCCUACAUCUGCUCCUGCCCCGCAGCCUUCACGGGCAAGGACUGCAGCCAGGAGAAGUGCUUCGACGAGACUCGCUAUGAGUACUUGGAGGCAGGCGAGCCCUGGGCCCGCGUUCACCAGGGCCGGGUGGAGCAGUGUAGCUGCAUGGGGGGCCGUGCCCAGUGCGAGGAUACUCAGCACACAGCUUGCCUGAGCAACCCUUGCCUGAACGGGGGCACCUGCCACCUGAUUGUGGCCACCGGGACCACUGUCUGCGCCUGCCUGCCGGGUCAAGUCGGCCGGCUCUGUAACAUUGUGCCAGCCGAGCGCUGCUUCGUGGGCAAUGGCGUACAGUACCGUGGCGUGGCCAGCAGGGCGGCCUCGGGCCUCAGCUGCCUGGCCUGGAACUCAGACCUGCUCUACCAAGAGCUACACGUGGAUUCGGUGGGCGCAGCGGCACUGCUCGGCCUGGGCCCCCAUGCCUACUGCCGCAACCCAGACAAGGACGAGAGGCCCUGGUGUUAUGUGGUGAAGGACAACACGCUCUCCUGGGAGUACUGCCACCUGGUUGCCUGCGAUGGGGAAACUGAGGUUCAGGAAUCCCUUCCCACCCCCGGGGCCCUGGUGGCCCUGCCCGAGCUAGUGCUGGGCGGGCGCCGGGCCUGUGGCAAGAGGCACAAGAAGAGAACCUUCCUGAGGCCCCGCAUCAUCGGGGGCUCAGCUGCCCUACCUGGCUCCCACCCCUGGCUGGCCGCCCUCUACAUCGGGGACAGCUUCUGUGCCGGCAGCCUCAUCCACACCUGCUGGGUGGUGUCUGCGGCCCACUGCUUCUCCGACAGCCCCCCCAGGGAGAGUGUCUCGGUGGUGCUGGGCCAGCAUUUCUUCAACCGCACAACGGACGUGACGCAGAAGUUCAGCAUUGAGAAGUACAUCCUGUACCCCCAGUACUCCGUGCUCAACCCCAACGACCAUGACCUGGUCCUGGUCCGGCUGAAGAAGAAGGGGGACCGCUGUGCCAUUCGCUCCCAGUUUGUCCAGCCCAUCUGCCUGCCCGAGCCCAGCAGCCCCUUCCCUGCAGGACACAAGUGCCAGAUCGCAGGCUGGGGCCACAUGGGCAAGGAUGUGAGUGGCUACUCCAGGUCGCUGCGGGAGGCCCUGGUCCCACUUGUCGCUGACCAUAAGUGCAGCAGCCCCGAGGUGUAUGGUGCCGAUAUCAGCCCCAACAUGCUCUGCGCUGGCUACUUCGACUGCAAGGCUGAUGCCUGCCAGGGGGACUCAGGGGGCCCCCUGGCCUGUGAGAAGAAUGGUGUGGCUUACCUGUAUGGCAUCAUCAGCUGGGGUGACGGCUGCGGGCAGCUCAACAAGCCAGGUGUCUACACCCGUGUGGCCAACUACGUGUACUGGAUCAAUGACCAAAUAUGGCCCCCCAAGCGACAUACGGCUCCCUCCUGAGACUCUCGGGAUGGGCAGGGGCAUCCUACCUUCUCACCCCUCCCUAAAGUGCUGACAAUAAAGACAUCUCCAGCAGUGGCCUGACCCACACUGCCUGCCCACAGCCCCACUGCCCUGCCCUCCCAGGCUAUGGCCGGCCAGCUGACGUUCCUCAAUGGAUAUUGGACCACAGCCUUGAAGUGAGGGGAUCUUUGUGGCCCAGCGAGUC